CCCAAUUCAUUGUGUGGGUGGUUGGACUUGGUUAAUUUCUCGGCCCAAUCAGGAAUCCCCACAUGCUCAUACGCACAAAAGUGACAAAACUUCCAUUCGUUCAAUUGCUUUUUGCUUCGUGUUCAUCGGUCAACCCAUGCCCUGUCCUCACUCUGAAGCUUAAUCCGAAGCCCCCAUAUUUCUCCAUCUGAAAGCAGAAGACGAGCAAAGAGGAUCUCCACAAUCUUUUGCCAUGCCCUUCUCGACCAUAAUAACCUCCUCCCCACACGCCUUCCUCCCGGUGGCAGCCCGCCCCGUCGUCCGCCGGUCAAUCCGGUGCUCCGCCUCGUCGAUUUCGCCAAAGUUCGACCUCAAGACGUACUGGACGGCGCUGAUUAAGGAAAUCGAUCAGAAGCUCGACGAUGCGAUACCCGUGCAGUACCCGCACCAGAUCUACGAAGCCAUGCGCUACUCGGUGCUGGCCAAGGGCGCCAAGAGAGCGCCGCCGGUGAUGUGCGUCGCCGCCUUUGAGCUAUUCGGCGGGGAUCGGCUCGCCGCGUUCCCCACCGCCUGCGCUCUUGAAAUGGUCCACGCGGCUUCACUAAUCCACGACGACCUCCCGUGCAUGGACGACGACCCUUCCCGCCGUGGCCAACCCUCGAACCACACCGUUUUCGGUGUCGACAUGGCCAUAUUAGCCGGCGACGCCCUUUUCCCACUCGGCUUCCGCCACAUCGUCACCCACACCCCGACCUGCCUCGUCCCUGAGCCCCGCCUCCUCCGCGUGGUGGCCGAGAUAGCUCGAGCCGUGGGGUCCACCGGAAUGGCGGCCGGCCAGUUCCUCGACCUUGAAGGCGGGCCCAACGCAGUCGACUUUGUCCAGGAGAAGAAAUUUGGCGAGAUGGCACAGUGCUCGGCUGUGUGUGGCGGCCUUCUCGCCGGAGCCUCGGAAGACGAGCUCCGGCGACUGAGGGGCUAUGGGCGGGCUGUGGGGGUUCUUUAUCAGGUGGUGGAUGAUAUUUUAGAAGCUGAGUCGGGAGAGUCGACGAAUGGGAGAAAAAAAGGAAAGAGCUAUGUGUCGGUUUAUGGGGUGGAAAAGGCAAAGGAAGUGGCGGAGGAGCUCAGAUCACAGGCGAAGAAAGAGUUGGAUGGUUUGAUGAAGUUCGGAGAUAAACUUCUGCCGUUGUAUAGCUUCGUCGAUUACGCGGCCGAUAGGGGUUUCAGCUUUGCACCUCCACUCCGUGGCAAACAGGCCCGACUCGAUAGGGCUACAGUUCGUAAAAUUGUAAAUCGAGACAAGCUUGGAGUCGGAGGUAUGGAGGUUUUGGUUCGAGAAAAUUGUAAACGAGACAAGCUCGGAGUGAAUUCCUCCAUGGCCAACGUUGAAGAGCAAGUUGUCCCGCUCGAGCCUGCUCGGAAGAAGCACACCGCCCCCACACACCCUCCGUACUUCGAGAUGAUUAAGGAUGCGAUCGUGACGCUGAAGGAGCGGACGGGUUCCAGCCAGCCCGCCAUCGCGAAGUUCAUCGAGGACAAACAGAAGAACCUGCCGGCCAAUUUCAGGAAGGUCCUGCUCCUCGAGCUGAAGAAGCUCGUGUCCAACGACAAACUCGUGAAGGUGAAGAGUUCCUUCAAGCUUCCGGCGAAGAAGAAUAAGAAGUCCGUUUCUGUUUCCGCACUAAAAGCGGAAGCCAAAGCUAAGCCAGCUGCGAAGGCCAAGGCCGUGACAAAGAGGAAGGCGCCAGAAAGCAAGAAGGCUGAGAAGAAGCAGCCGAAGACCUCAACAAAGUCGACUCCGAUAACGCCAGCGCAGUCUCGUUCGGAUAACGUUGUGCCUCAGCCGAACAAUCAAGUUGGAACUCGGACUGCAAAUGGAAGAUCUCGCAGGAUGUUUAAUGUCAGAGAGUUAUGGGAUAUGGAAGAGAUGUUAGCUCCUAUACCCCCGAAUGACCCUCUUCUGGCCCCUCUUCUGGUUGAAUUUUCGAAUGAGAAUGUAGCCCAAUCUGCAUUGCAACACUACAACAACAAACAUGGAACUUGUUUGGAGUUUGUGAGGUGUCUGGACGGGAAAGAAACAGAUUUGGAUGGACCUGGGUUUGGAAGGUGCUUUAUAGAGAGGCAUUAUGCUUGGAGGCAUUUCAACUUUGAGGCCAGGCGGCCGGAUGCUGGUCCCAAUGACGAACCACUUCUUUUGUUUGCCGAAGUACAUUUAGAUGGAAAAGGGUUUGAGCUCACUACAUUAUCACUCGUGGGACGUACAGAUGGAGAUUAUGGUUGUCCGUAUUGUCUUUCUUACAUAAAUCACCCGCGUCGUGGAUUUCGUGCUGGUCUUGACGCUACAGUGGAUAGCAAUCCUAAGUCACUGCCUGCAGAGGCUGCUGCUAAAUUGGCUGAAUUCGCUUUACAGGAUUAUAUUGCGAAACAAACCGAGGAAAUAAGCUUGAAGUUUGAAAGGGCUGUUGAAGGCAAUGGUUUUACGAGCACAGGUGUAUUGAUGGACUUCACUGAAAAGAGGAGAUAUUGGGUGCAUUUGAACUUUGAGGCAAGGGUGGGCCCCAAGGAAGAAGUGCUCCUUUUUUUCGCCGAACUCUAUUUAGAGGAUGGCAGUGAUGAUAAGUAUGUGCUUGCUACAUUAUCACCCGCUGAGGCCACUUGGAUGCAGAAGGAGAAGGUGGACAUAGUCUUCAAAUCCGGACAAGAAACGAUACUUGGCACAUUCAACCGUUCUCGUCUGUCAAUACUAUUUCAUAAUUCUAUUGAGAUACCAUGUGAGUUGGAUUCUAGUUUUCUUGUGUGA